UGGCCAGCGUCGCUGGUGCGGCGGGACCUAGACCUGAGCGACCCCUACGACUACUUGUUUCUGAAGCGGGGCAUUCUACAGUAUGUGGUGGUGAAGCCGAUCCUGGCAGCGGCGACAAUGUUGAUGCGGUCGACGGGUGUGUACCGCGAGAGCAGCUGGGGGCUGGCGAGCGGGUACAUGUGGACGCAGCUGGUGUACAAUGCGAGUGUGUCGCUGUCGCUGUACUGCCUGGUGGUGUUCUACAUGGCGACCAAGGACCACCUGGCGCAGUGGACGCUGCUGCCCAAGUUUCUGUGCAUCAAGGCAAUCGUGUUUUUCUCGUACUGGCAGGGGCUUGGCAUAUCGAUCCUGGUGGCACUGGGGCUGAUUCACGACACGCCCGAGCUGUCGGCUGACCACAUCGCAACGUUUCUGCAGAGCUGGCUGAUCUGCCUGGAGAUGGUGGGCGGUGCGCUGGGUCACUGGCUGUCGUUCUCGUACCACGACUAUGUGCCGGUGUUCCACCUGGCCGGGCGCGUGCGCCUAUUCCACGCUGUGCGCGAUGCGCUGGGUCUGAAGGACGUGUUUGUGGAUGCCAAGAGCGCCUGGUCGGGACACCAGUACACAUACCGGUACUUUGACCCGAUUUCAACUGCUGCCAUCCAUGGCGGCAAUUCGUCGUCGGGGGGCGCGAUCAAGGAGCGGCGGCUACGGGCUGGCAUGCGGUAUACGCAGGGCGGCAAAAAGACGUACUGGCUGCCGGUGGAGCCCGCCGACCACCGGGCGGUGGCCUUUGCGGCAGGUGGCGCUGGCAAGCGUGCAGCUAUGAGACAGCCGGACGAACAUACGCGCUUGGUGUCUGGGCCGCCACCGGCGGGCGCCGACCUGGCGGUACUAUCGAUGGAUCUGGGUGAGCGCGAGAUGUUGAGCGACGACGCAUUGUACAAUGAUGCCCGGACGGUCGAAGGCGAUUUUAACUACCCGGUGGUUGAGGUCGGCGUGGCCUUUGGGUUCAGCCGCAGAAGACCGUAUGGCCACACGAUCUCUCAUCGUCGGAGCUCGGAGGUCGGCCGGCCGGCUAUACAGGGCGAGACGUUUGCGGUGCCGGCGUCGGGAUAUGGUGCCUUUGCAUAA